AUGCGGACUACCUCUUUGGCUCUAUGGGCCGCCGCCCUUGGCCUGAUGUCGAUUGUUUCCGCCCAGGAUGAGCUUCCCAAGCGCCCUAAGGUUGAGCCCGCUCCGUUCAACACCGGAAGGGCCAUGCCAUUUUCGCCUCCCAGAGACAAAGACCGCUAUUGCUACGUUAAGCCGAGCUGCACCGAGGGCAAGGACGACGCGCCGAAGAUCCUCAAAGCCUUCAAGGAAUGCAACGACGGCGGCACGGUGGUGUUCGACAAGACCUACCUCAUUAGCUCGCCGUUGGAUCUCACCUUCUUGAAGCACAUUGACGUAGUAAUUACCGGCGACAUCCAGUUCAAUGAUGACCCCCUCUACUGGGCCGACAACAGUUUCAAGUUCGCUUUCCAGAACCAGUCAGUCUUUUGGAAGUUUGGCGGCGAGGAUAUCAACAUCUAUGGUGAUCUUGGGAACGAUAAGUCUGUCAUUGAUGGUCGCGGUCAGGCAUACUGGGAGGCCAUUCAGACCAACAGUAGUCUCUUGAGGCCCAUGUUGUUCUCUUUCGACGGAGCGAAGGGGGCGACAAUGUCACACCUUCGGAUGCGCAACCCUCCCAACUGGUUCAACCUGAUUGCGAACAGCACCGAUGUCAUUAUCAGUGAUAUGGAUCUUAAAGCCCAGAGUCAAAAUGGUGUCAAGAUCGCCAACUCGGAUGGUUGGGAUACUUAUCGGUCCGAUCGCAUUGUGAUUCAGAACUCAGUGAUUAUCAACACAGACGACUGUGUGUCCUUCAAACCAAACAGCACCAAUGUUGUCGUCCAGAACCUGGAUUGCACUGGCUCACACGGCAUGAGCGUUGGCUCCCUGGGCCAGUACAAGGGCGAGACCGACAUCGUCGAGAACCUCUACAUCUACAACACAACCAUGGCCAACGCCAGCGAUGCCGCUCGGAUCAAGGUCUGGCCAGGUAUUGAGACUGCUUUCCAGACACUUCUGAACGGUGGCGGUGGUCUCGGGCGUGUCAGAAACGUCACGUAUGACCUCUUCAAGAAUACCAACAAUGAUCGGGCUAUUACGAUCACGCAAUGUUACGGCCAAAAGAACCAAACACUCUGCGAAGAAUUCCCGGCCAACCUUACAAUUUCUGACAUCACUCUGAAGAACAUCUACGGCACGGUUUCAACCAAGCUAGACCCGCAAGCUGGAAGCCUUGUUUGUAGUGCCGCAGACCGUUGCAGCAACAUCCGCGCCGAGAACGUCACAGUCACGGUGCCUAGCGGGAAGCCACCUGUGUACGAAUGCAAAAACCUGGACAAGAACUUGCUCCAGAUCAACUGCACGUCCGGAACAGAUGGAGAUCGUGAUACCACCAAUGGAUAG